CAACAACAAUAGACUUUUAUUAUCAUUAUUCACAAACAGUUUAUGGGUACAUAAGUGUUGUGAGGAAAUCAUUUCGGGUUUCUUUAGAAAUGCAAUAAUACCCACGUUUCACGAACGUCAGCACAAUGUUUGCCAUAUUUGAAAAAACAGGUUCUGUGUAGUUGAGAAGAAUAUUGAGUUGACUUCAAAGAAGGAUAGGGAGAAAAAAGGAGAAUAGAAAUGAAAGAAACGCGAAAUAUUUAAGUGGUUUAUUAGGCGUGUUUGUAAACACAGGACAAGAAUAAGCGACUAUGUAAUCCACGUGAAACUCAUUAGGCAGGACAAAUAUCUGUGAAGGGGUCAUGAGUAUGAGUAGACUAUAAUGUAUGAUGAUAUUCAGUGAGAUACUAGGAAUACACUAAUCCCGUCAUGAGCAAACCUCUCGGUGCUCAAUAUUCUAGAAAUUAUCAGGCAAAAUCUUACAUGGGAUAACCCUCAUGUUAAUUUUUUACUCCAAAGAAAGGUUUAGGCUUUACACUGGAACCCUUGUCCCUCUAUAUGAGCUUCCAGUAUAAAUUUCAUCCAGUUUAAUUAAUAAAAGAAACAUAAUUCUCAGUCAUGCUCGUUUCUGUCUUUUCAUAGUGACGUCUCAAAAAUCAAUGUCUAAUAGAUCCAUUUUCAAGUUUAUUCAAGCAGCAAAUUAAAAUCUACUAAUGAAGUUAUAUAUAUUUCAUAUGUUUCGCUACUUUAAACAUCGCUGGCGGAAACAUUCCAAUAAAACACAUUUGCCUGAUUUUAACAAAAAGCAGCUACAGUUCUAUAGAUAAUGGGUUGUAAUAAUAAUGACAACGUUGGAUAAACAUUUCAACUUAAAUUUAGUACAUUUUGUACUCAUCCACUAGCGGUAUUCGUAAAACAUAUUUCGUCGUUUGGAGGUGCCUGGAUCUACGGGGUGAUACUCAGAUUGAAACACGAACCAAGUAUACAUCAACUAACUAGUUUGUAUAGUUUAUUGCACAACGACUGAAUGACUUUCAUUACGUAAACUUCCAAACUUAAAAAGAUAUCCUUACGAUUUUAUCUGAAACAUCUUCCAAUCUUUUCUAUAUACUUGAUCCAACAAUGAAUGGUUAUUUGGCUUCAUAACCCUUCAAAUCAUGAAAUUAGAUUUUCAAUAACUGAAUUUUAGCUAGUAUAAUCAGAGAUGUAUGUAUAUUCAAGGAAAUAGCUGAAAAACUCACUUAUAAAAGGUCACACAACGGUAUUAUCGACCAGUCAAUAGCUUAUUAAUUCAACGCAAAAGAACUAACUGCUGAAGAACACUGAAUAAUACAUAUGUUCGAUAUCAUAUAUGAUCCGCUUCCGGAAAGUUGGUAGAUAGCGCACUGUUUAUGGAAGAGAUAUCGUCAGGUAUUCCUGCUAAAGGACUGUCUUGAAAAUAUACUAAGAAUCUGCUAAUCAGCUCGGACAUUUCACAGUACAGUAAUCAAGAUGACAUUGACACUACCAUCAUGAAGGCAUUAAAUCUCAAUAUCUCGUUUAAAGAUACACUCUCCUCAUUACACUUGUAGGUCCCAUCAAUAUCUAAGACAUAUGGGAUUCAAAAAGCUAUUUUUUAUAUACAGUUGAAAAAAGUAGCAUUUCAAACAACCGUUAACUUUAGGAUGCAUCUCAUCUGCACCUUCAAGCUCAAUGAUAUAUGCAAUUAAGCUCUUAGGAUCACUACUUAGUAGAAAUAAUGGUCUAAGUUAAACUGACCUUUAGUUUUUCAUUCUUCAAAUAAAUGUCGUUACAUAUCAAAAACAUCUUUGACGAUUAGUUUUCCGUAAUUUUCAUCAACAGAAUCUAUAAAAGCAAAAGUUGCAGCUCCGGACACAAAUAAAUGACGAGUCGCGUUUUUUCGGCCGGCCGCCGAGUGAAGGAAGCUAGGAUCUUUCUCAUAGCUGAUGCCCAGUAACUCGCGUUUGACCGGUUGACCAUUUAGAUAUUGUAUAAAACCCUUAUAUAACCCCAACAAAUAAUAUAUGAUUCACAACCACUACAAACAAGUCAUAGAGAUCAAAAGCUGAAGAAUUUACUUUAAACCAACCUUCGUAUCCCUUGAGAACUUGUUGGUCGCUGAGAGUAACCCCUCCUUUUGAAUACAUAUAUUAUAUAGAACUCAUUUGGAUUUCAAUGACUGUCUCGUAUCAUGAAACGGUAAAAAGUAACAUUUUCAUCAUCUUUCUGUUGCCGCAGGAGAUCCGGUUUAGUCGAGAACCCUAUGUUAGAUCCAGAUAUUGAACUGGUUCAAUGUCUGUUCCAGUAGUGAAACUCUAGUCACACACUUCCAAUUUCGAUAAUUCAAAAAAAUGGUCAUAACUUUUUUAAUAACGUAACACACGUUCAAAAUAGAUCAGAAGACACCCAAGAGAGGUACUUAAUGGUACUCUAUCUAACUGGUACAGACACCUGAUAAAACCCACUUGUCACAACUGGAAAAAAAUACUCCCAUCAUUAAAAAAAGCAUCCUAUCCAAGGAAGAGAUGUAUAUCAAUGAAGUUUGAUCCAAAUAUGAGAAAUCAAAAGUAAGCAAUAGAAAAUGUCGCUAAAACUAACGAGAGAAUGUGUUUCGAAAUUAACCUCAAGAAAUAGAAACGAUCUGUCCACGAAGUAUCAUCAAAAAUAUGAUUGUCCGAUUCGGCUAGCGUCAUAAAAAAACAAUGUUACGUAAAAUAAAGAUAAAACGGUUAAUAAAAGACCCAGUAACAUCAAGGAAAUAGUAAGGAUUCAGAAUUUGUAGACAACAUAGUAUUAAUAACCGCAGUCAAACUCACAAAUGGGAAUCAAUAUAGAAAAUUUAGACAAAAAUAAAAGAAACAGUACAUAUUACAGAAAUACAGAGUCAUAAGUAAAAACAGACCUGGAGGGAUUUUCUCCAUAUCUUCAGAUGAACAUAUAAAAAAUGAAUUCUACGUUGUGCACUAACAUACAUCUUUCUAAAAAUCAUAUCAGCUUCACCUGGCUGUCAACAACGCCGACUAGAACUGAGUUUGCCGAACCAAAUUCUUUACUUUUAUAGGUCCAAUAACACGUAUUUCAUUGGCCAGUUGAAAUGAUGAUUCUGAUUGUCGGGAGAAGGGCACAGCUGAGUGGAGAGGAGUAUGAAGUUUUAAAAUAAGUUUUGUACACUUUUUCUGUUCAGAACAUGUUGCUCUUCUCUUACCAACCUAGGCUAUGAUUCCAAAAUGAUUUGACUAGAUUACAUGAAAUCGAUUUCUUAAUAUCUCACUCAUUUUGAAUAUUACCCUACUACCAACAAAAUGAUAUACUCUCAAAACAUUUUGGCAUUUGUACGAACUAUUUUGUAGUACUUAUUGAUUAUCUCUAAGACUCACUGUUAUAAAAGAACUAGAAAAUUAUAUGAAUCAAUACCAGGAAAAUAUCAAAAACUACAAAGAUGUACUUAUUAUAUACCGAAAAGUGGGUCAAAAGUUUAUCUGGCAGUACUGAUUUUUAUUUUAUUACACUGAUAAACAUCCAUAUUUGAAUAAAUUUAAGUGGACAGUACUAGAUAUGAAUAGGUAAAAAUGUGGAAACAAAGUUUCCAAUAUCCUAAUAUGAAACUAAUGUAAACAAAAAAUGUAUUUGUUUAUUUGUUCCUUUUUAAUAUUUACAAAGAUCGUUUUUAGAAAAACCUCAUCUAAAAGGUAGGCCAGUCCAGAGAAAUGGUAUUCGUUAGCAAAUUAUGCCUAAAUAUAUUUUAACAACAACACUCAUUAUUCCAAUCCAUAAAGAACUGGUUAUCUAUUUUCCAUACACCAUCUAUACGUUAAUUUACUUAUUAGAAAUACUUCAAUGGCUUUUAUUUUAAAUCAGUGAAAGAUAAAUAAAAAUUGCUAGUACGGUCACAUUAGAAAUAAAUAGAAACUUUAGGAUUAUCGAUUUUUCCUUGUUCAUCAUUUAUUAUAAGGUUUUAACAAAUACUUCAUGGUCUAACAUUUGACCAAGAUCAAAUAUCGUAAUUUAAGCAAAUAAAAUUAUUUCUAAAGUAAUUUCAUAUCACUGGAUUUAUUGCUAUCUUUUUUACAAAUCAUUUGAUGUGGAUACACUAAGAACAUAAGCAUUCUAAAACCAAGAAUCAUCUUUAAAAUUAAGAACGUUUGAAUAAAUUAGAUUUUAUUCACUUCAGAAUUUUGUCAAAUGUAGUAAUUGAAACUUUGAGUACCUUCCAGUUCAACGUCACAUGUAAUUUUAUUACCAUACAUUUCAAUGAUCCUAUUUCAAUUAUAAACUAUAUACCUAUUGUUAUGGUAUUUAGGUUAGAUAAUACCAUUUUAAACAAAAACAAUUGAUGCUUUUAGGAUGACUUUUUUAUGGAUAGCAAGACUUUUAUCAUUCCCUAUAGUAACUAAAUAAAUGUCUUGUCUGACUUUCAGUUAUUUUACUUUGUUUAAUUUCACUAUUAUGGUUGCAAAUAAUUUGAUGUUCUACAUUUAUAACAUGGCUAACAACAAACAUCGAUUUAUUAAUGGAAUGGAAUAUUUUGGCAUAAAGCAAUUCCAUAAUAACUUUAGGACUUUGUCAAUUUCGGCAGUUAUCUAAUUGGUAUUUUCCAUACAUUGAAAUUAUGAUCAAAAUCUAUAAAAAUAUAUCUACUUAACUUUUAAUGUAAAGAUAUUUUCAAUGUACAGUUGUUCUUAAGAUGUAAUUUACAAAAGAGAUUACUUUUUUUUAAGUGUAUUACAUUUAUUUAUGAUAAAAUAUUAUCCAUACAAUUUUUUCGACUGAACCAGUUAGAAGUAAAUGUCAAAAUCGUUUAUUCAUAUUUUCUUACCCCUAGAAUUGUUUUGUAUCUUCAUAAAUAAAAAUAAAGUGAAUGAAUCCAUGUCCAGAUGUGACUUUCUGCGAUUAGUCUAAAUAUUGUACAUGCUUUCAUACAAACGUACUUGUAUGCACACAAUUGUACACAUAUAUGUAUUCUGUAUAUUACACACAUAUUAGACACAUACGUGAAUGUAAAUACAAAGAUACAGAAAAUAUAUAUCAACAUUCUUGACUAUAUUCUUUCAUCUGAUUAAAGAUCUUCAUACUGAAAGGAUAUAAACUUAUACUGUAACAGAAUUACAACUGAAUCAUGCAUAAUAUUUAAACAAAUUAUAGAUUAAAUGAAUAUCUAAGUACAUGAUAUUCUGUAGUUAAUUAUAAUCAUAAUCUUUACCUUCCAAGUUCUUGAUAAACAUGACGAAACAAAAACGUUUUAUUACAUUUUAUUCAACCAUUAUACUAAUAUUGGUUUCGAAUUUUGUGACUGCUCAGAUAUCGUCUCCAAAUGAAGCACUUGGACCUCCUGGACCGAGGGGUGAUCCAGGGCCACCUGGUCCAGAAGGCGGAAUCGGAGCACCAGGUUCUCGUGGGCCACCUGGUCCGCCCGGAAUAGAUGGUGAACGUGGGCAGGCAGGACCUGCUGGGACUCCUGGGACACCGGGACGCGAUGGGAGACCUGGAGUCCCAGGAGUUCAGGGCUCACCUGGACCUCAAGGGAUUGUUGGACCACCAGGAGAACCCGGGGGUGAGGGAAGUCCCGGACCACAAGGUUAUCAAGGUCAAACAGGAGACAAAGGUGAUACUGGCUUUGAUGGGCAUAAAGGUUCUCAAGGACCUAUGGGACCACAAGGACCUCAAGGACCAACGGGACCCGUUGGCCCGCCAGGUCCCAUGGGUCCACCUGGACCCUCUGGUCCAAGAGGUGAAUCUGGUCCGACUGGAAGAGCUGGAGUGAUGGGACCGCAAGGUCCAGUAGGUAACCCUGGAAGACCUGGGGCAUCAGGACCUGCUGGACAGAAAGGGGAUCGCGGUUUGACUGGAGCAAAAGGAGAAAAGGGUGAAAAGGGUCCUACAGGAGCACCAGGACAUCCAGGAUUAAGCAAAGAACGUGGGAUUCAGGGUCCAAAAGGGGCACAAGGUGAACCAGGUUCAGUUGGAGUAGAAGGGCCGACAGGAAUCCAGGGUCUUAAGGGUGAGAAAGGUCAACUUGGACGUCCAGGUGAACGUGGAGAGACCGGGCCACGUGGUGAGCGGGGACCUAUGGGCCCUAUAGGAAUCAAGGGUGCACAAGGCGAACUUGGCAUGGCUGGAAGCCCUGGAAGUCCAGGAUUAGAUGGACAACCUGGACUCAGUGGUAGUCCUGGAGAACCUGGAGCACCGGGUGAGCAAGGACUUUCAGGUCCUCCAGGACCACCUGGACGUCCUGGUCUUGAUGGGGCUCCUGGUGCUAGAGGUGAAAAUGGUGCACAUGGAAUGAAUGGAGUACCUGGAAUUAAGGGAGGAUCAGGACCAAUGGGGCCAGUAGGUCUGCCGGGAGCAAGUGGGACACCUGGACACGCAGGACCAAUGGGACCUAUGGGACCAGUUGGCCCAAGAGGACCGACGGGUGCGAUAGGACCUGCUGGAGAACCAGGAAUGAAAGGUGCAACUGGACUGCCUGGUGGUCAUGGAGACAGUGGAGAUGUAGGUGAUCCUGGACCUGACGGUGACACAGGUCCGGAAGGUCCUGUGGGUGCUGUUGGACCUCCAGGACUUCCAGGUCCCGUUGGUGAUCAAGGCCCUGAAGGCCCAGAAGGUGCAUCUGGUCCGCCUGGUCCUGCAGGGUAUGAUGGUCCACCGGGAAUGGAUGGGAAAGAUGGGUUAUCUGGCAAAGAUGGAAAACCUGGGCCACAAGGUGUACCAGGUGAACAAGGAGCAGUCGGAAAGCCGGGUCGCAGAGGAGAUCGUGGACCACCUGGACCACAAGGAAAAAGAGGAUAUAAAGGUCAAGAGGGAGUAAUGGGACCUCCAGGAGUUUAUGGUGUUAUAGGCUUAGUUGGUGUUCCUGGAUCAAAUGGAGAAACUGGAGUAAACGGUACAGUUGGUGAUCCUGGUCUUCCCGGUCUACCUGGAACCGAUGGACGCCCGGGCUUACGUGGACAACCUGGAUUACGUGGCCCUCCUGGGCUUCCUGGAGUCGUUAAAGUUCAGCCUUCUACCAUAGGAGGAACAGGUUUGCCUGGUGAUCGUGGAAAUCCUGGUUCAUACGGACCCACUGGGGAACCAGGUCCUAAAGGAAGCGCGGGAGAACGAGGAAUUACAGGUGAUCCCGGUGACCCAGGAGAUCGGGGUCUUUCGGGUCCACCUGGACCACCAGGACCUGAUGGACAACCAGGAGUCGAUGGAGAAGACGGUCCAGAUGGCAUUCCAGGGGAUGACGGCCCCCCAGGACCUCCAGGACCCUUUGGAGAGCCCGGUCCAGCUGGGGAACAGGGUCCACAAGGCCCACCUGGGAACAAGGGAGCUAUGGGGAUGACUGGUCCUCGAGGUGAAACGGGCCAAAGAGGUGCACCCGGACCAACUGGAGCAACGGGAGAUGUUGGAGAGCCUGGUUUGACAGGGUCUCCGGGGCCUAACGGAAAUAUAGGAAGAAAAGGACCGACCGGGCAACGCGGACAACCUGGAGCAAGAGGGAAACAAGGAGAUGCCGGAGAGCCGGGUAAAACAGGGGAGCCCGGUCCUCAUGGGUAUCCAGGAUUUAUGGGGCCCCCAGGAGAGCCUGGCCCGGAGGGUCCUGCUGGUAGUGAGGGUAGUGAGGGCCCUCCUGGAGAACAAGGACCUCCUGGAAAGCAUGGAGAGCUUGGCGAGGUUGGGGAUGUGGGUGAUGCAGGGCCACCUGGAAGAGCAGGACCACCAGGUCGUCGUGGUCAUCCUGGUUUUCCAGGUCCCAGAGGACCGCCUGGAGAGGUUGGAAAACCUGGAGAACCCGGACCAGUCGGACCUAUUGGACGUGCAGGUAUGCGUGGACCUCGGGGAUCUGUUGGUGGUGUUGGAGUUGCAGGAAGUAAAGGGGAACAAGGACUUGCUGGAGCUCCAGGGUCUCCAGGAGAAACAGGACCCAGAGGAGAUACUGGAGAAUCAGGCAUUCCUGGGAAAGAUGGUCGUCCAGGGAAACAGGGAGAGCCAGGUCCUAAAGGAGCUCCCGGAGGGAAGGGCCCAAUCGGACCUCCUGGGCCCCCGGGUUUGGAUGGCCCUGUGGGGUACCCAGGAGAUCAAGGACCAAGAGGCCCUUCUGGUCCGAUUGGAGAACGAGGUCCGAUGGGCGCUCGGGGUUCGCGUGGUGAUCGAGGAGAUCCUGGUGAGGUCGGUCCACUUGGCCCCCCUGGUAGGGAUGGAGAACUAGGUCCACCCGGUCCACAAGGUCAAUCAGGACCUCCUGGCUUGCCUGGCCCACCUGGUCAAAUUGUAUCCAUGCAGGCACGAGCUUCAAGAACUAAAGGAAUAAUGUAUGGAGAUGAUCCUGCAAUCAAAAGGAGAUUUGGAAAUAUUGAAAUAACUACUCCCCAAGGAACUGCAGAACUGCCUGCCCGAACUUGUGCACAUUUGGCUGACAUGCAUCCUAAAAAACCUGAUGGUGAAUACUGGAUUAACCCUAUCGGUGACAUUAUAAGCAGUCCUACUAAAGUCAAUUGUCUUAUGAAAACUAAAGAAACGUGUAUCAAGCCAAAACAAUCCAAGAUUUCUAUGAAAAAAAUACCUCCUACUAUGAAUAGUAGAUUUUGGCUUCAAGAAAUAAGUGAAGUUAAUGAGUUAAACUAUGCUAUUGAAUCAGAACAAUUGAAUUUUUUAAAAUUAUCAAGUGAUAUGGCUGUACAACGUAUAACUUUAUCCUGUUCUGGAUUAUCAGAUAUGACAAUUAAUUCUACUAUAUCAUUAGCUGAAAAUAUUCGUCUGUUAGGUGAUGAUGAUACAGUUUUAGAAAGAUAUCAUCCACUACGUAAAUUUCACAUUGAACAAGAUCAAUGUGGAAAGAUUACCAGUGGUUAUACAACUGUUUCAAUUAGUGGAAAUCCGAGUAAACUACCUAUUCGUGACAUUAAUUUUAUACAUCUGGAUACAAUUAACUAUGAAUUGAUUCUUGGUGAUGUUUGUUAUACAACGUACUUAGGAAAAGUUGUUUCUUUGAAACACAGUUACAAUAAUUAAAUUAUUUCAAAGUUAACACAAGUAUAAAAUAAUAUGAUUUAUUACGGAAUUAGAUGUUAUAAUAAAUGAUUAUAAUAAUUCAUAAUUACUGAGUAAUAUCUUCUGUUAUAUUAAGAUAAUUUCUGUACACAAAUCAAAGAAAGUAAAUAAACGUUUAUUAGAAUGUUGAAUACGUUUUGUUUUGAAUUUUAAAGAAUUGUAAAGUUUAUUGAAUCUUAUAUUAUACUUUGGCGGCCCGCUUGAAUAUCUGGGGUAUCUGUUUUUGUGAUAUCAACAAGUUACUUAUCUUUUGUUUUUUUUUGACACAUCAUUAUGGCCCUUAUUCGUAUAUUCUAUUUAGGUGGGUUUAUGAAAAGUUUACAAUCCUUAGCUGUACAAUAUACAAAAAAGUACAAUCAGAGACAUUGUGUUGUAUGUUAAUAUGCACUGAAAGGAAUGAUCAUUGUUCAGAUUCAGAUUCCUGAACUGCUAAAAUCUAACUGAUGAUAACUUAAUAUUUAUCGUCAGGAUAGAUGAAGAAAUAAGGAGAGGAAACUUGAUGAAAUACUUUGUGCUGAGAAUUCUAUAUUGUACCAAAACUAUGAUAUUGAAUAAAGUCACUAAUAAUAAUUAUUAUUAUGUAUUAAAUUGACUAUAAUGUUUUUAUUGAGAAUUGUUCAAAACUUUGUAACAAAAUAAAAAUCUUAAU